UACUAAGAAGACAAAAUGGAAUUCGAAAACAAAGUGGUCUUGAUCACCGGCGCCGGCUCUGGAAUGGGAGAAGUCACAGCCAUACUUUUCGCCAAGGAAGGGGCCAACGUAGUAAUAGUGGAUAUGUUCGAAGACAGAGCACAGAAAACAGCUGAACAAUGCAAGCAAUUUGGUAAGAAGGUCCUCGUGAUCAAAGCUGAUAUCUCCAAAGCCGAUGAUAUUGAGAAUGUCAUGAAAAAGACCAUCGAUACCUUUGGAAAACUAGACGUACUUGUCAACAACGCUGCCAUGUUGAAAUCGGUGAAGAUUCUCGAUGGAACCAUUAUGGACAGCCUUGAUGAUUUGAUCAGGACAAAUUUCAGAUCAGUUGUUCAUUUCACAACUUUAGCUGCUCCUCAUUUGGCGAAGACCAAAGGAUGUAUUAUUAACAAUUCAAGCGUGGGCAGUGUCUCAGUCAGAAGUGGACCUCUGUUCUCGUCGUAUUGUGCUACGAAAGCUGCCGUUGAUUCUUUCACGAAAUCAUCUGCUUUACAACUCGGUGAGGUGGGUGUGCGAGUGAAUGCUGUCAACCCUGGGCCUGUUCGUACCAACUUUUUAGACAACUCUGGUAUUCCUAUUGAGUGGGAGCACUUCGCUAAGGCUACGGCUCUUGGCAGGAGCUCGCACCCCAGUGAAGUGGCAAAUUUAAUUGUGUAUUUGGCUAGUGAGAAAGCUGCCGGCAUUACAGGAGCAUGUUACCUGAUUGACAACGGUCAGUCCAUCAAGUAAUGCCUGAUGUUUUUAUUCAACUGUGAUUUAAUUAGAUUAACUUUGAGUACAAUUUUGAAUUAUAAUAAUCUCAUUUGAAAUUCUUGU